AUUUUGUCUGAGUGAAAAUUUCCUUCCGGAUUUAGUUAGGGUUUCAAUCUGAUGAAUCUUGGAAUGAAUAUCGCAGGAACAAUGGUGAGAGGGAAGAUCGAGAUCAAGAAGAUUGAGAACGUGACGAGCAGACAAGUCACGUUCUCGAAGCGAAGAAGCGGUCUAUUUAAGAAGGCUCAUGAGCUUUCGGUUCUAUGCGAUGCUCAAGUAGCCGCCAUUGUCUUUUCUCAGAGCGGAAGAUUACACGAAUACUCUAGCUCCCAGAUGGAGAAGAUUAUAGAUAGAUAUGGCAAGUUUAGUAAUGCCUUCUAUGUGGCAGAGAGGCCUCAAGUAGAACGAUACUUGCAGGAGCUGAAGAUGGAAAUUGAUAGAAUGGUGAAAAAGAUUGAUCUCCUUGAAGUUCAUCACCGUAAGCUGUUGGGGCAAGGUUUGGAUUCGUGUUCAGUGACAGAACUUCAAGAGAUUGACACUCAAAUUGAGAAAAGCCUUCGUAUUGUCAGGUCAAGAAAGGCUGAGUUAUAUGCAGAUCAACUGAAAAAGCUAAAAGAAAAGGAGAGGGAGCUCUUGAACGAGAGAAAAAGGCUGCUUGAAGAGCAAAAUAGAGAAAGGUUGAUGCGACCGGUGGUGCCAGCAACUUUACAAAUAUGUGAUAAGGGUAAUACUGAAGGUGGUCACAGAACCAAACAUUCAUCAGAGGUUGAAACCGACCUAUUUAUCGGAUUGCCCGUGACUCGGCUAUAACAUAUUACUUUGGUUCCAUGUUUGUACACUAUAAUGCUUCCAUACAGUUUAUAGUUUUCUGAGUGCUCAUGCAUGACCAUCUCUUCAUAUAUAUAUGUGUAUAAACUGAAAAUAAUUUGACAUGUAUUAUUUGUCACUUUAGUUUUUCUUUUGAAUGAAUGUGACAUUUUGUU